CUCUUCAAGGACCGGAUGGGGCAACGGGUGACCAGGCUGGUCCCCCUCCUUCUCCUCCUGCUCCCCCGGCAGGGCACUGAAGCCUGUGGCACCAUGGGGUGCUGUUUUCAGGACCCGCCGUAUCCGGAUGCAGACUCAGGCUUAGCUUCGGGCCCCCGGGACCUAAACUGCUACCGGAUACUCAGCAACGCUGGUUAUGAAUGUUCCUGGGAAUAUGAGGGCCCUGUAGCUGGGGUCAGCCACUUCCUGAGAUGCUGCCUCAAGCCUGGGCGCUGUUGCUACUUUGCCGCAGGCUCAGCCACCAAGCUGCAGUUCUCCGACCAGGAUGGCAUAUCCGUGCUCCACGCUGUCACUCUCUGGGUGGAAUCCAGGGCUGCCAACUGGACAGAGAAGUCCCCCAACAUUACCCUGAACCUCUACAGCUCAGUUAAAUACGACCCUCCUCCAGGAAACAUCAAUGUGUCCAGGUCAGCGGGGCAGCUGCUCAUGGAGUGGGAGACCCCAGCCCACCAGGAUGAUGCUGAGGUACAGUUCCGGCACCGGACACCUGGCAGCCCGUGGAAGUUGGGCGACUGUGGACGUCAGGAUGAUGCUGGCUUCGAGUCAUGCCUCUGCCCCUUGGAGACGGACACGGCCCAGGAAUUCCAGCUGCGGCGACGGCUGAGGCCAGGGGUCCGCGGAGGUCCCUGGAGUAGCUGGAGCAGCCCUGUGUGCAUCCCCCCCGAACCCCCCCCACAGGCCAAGGUGAGGUUCUCUGUGGAGCAGCUCCGCCCAGAUGGGAGGAGGCAGGUGACCUUGCAUGAGCAGCUGCCCCAGCUGGAGCUUCCGGAAGGCUGCCGCGGGCCCGACUCGGGCAUGGAGGUGACCUACUAUGUCCGCCUGCAUAUGCUGUCCUGCCCGUGUAAGGCCAAGGCCAUGAGGACUCUGCGCCUGCGGAAAAAGCUCAUCCUCUCGGGUGCCGCCUACGACCUGGUUGUCGUUUCCCGGAAUCGCUUUGGCCUCGGUCCCAACCAGAUAUGGCACAUUCCUGCCUACACCCACUCAGAACCAGGGGUUCUGAAUAUCAGUACCGGAGCCAACAGGACCACCAUGCAUUGGCCAGCCCGAGCCCAGGGCAUGACGUACUGCAUUGAGUGGCAGCCCCAGGGCCAGGACGAGAGCCUUGCCACCUGCACCCUGACGGCACCCCAGGACCGGGACCCUGCUGGAAUGGCAACGCACAGCUUGAGCCAAGGAUCUGGGGCAAUGUGGCAGAAGGAGUGUUACCGCAUCACUAUCUUUGCCUCUGCACACCCGGAGAAGCCCACCUCGUGGUCCACCGUCUUGUCCACCUACCACUUUGGAGGCAAUGCCUCAGAGGCCGGGAUCCCACAACGUGUGUCUGUAAAGAAACUCAGCCAGGAUUCAGUGUCUGUGGACUGGACACCAUCUCUGCUGAGCACCUGCCCCGGCGUCUUGAAGGAGUACGUUGUGCGCUGCCAGGAUGAGGCCAGCAACCAAGUAUCCGAGCUGUCAGUGAAAGCCACAGAGACCCAGAUGACCCUCCGGGGCCUGCGGGCUGCCACAGCUUACAAGGUGCAGGUUCGAGCAGACACAGCCAAGUGGCGGGGUGCCUGGAGCCACCCCCUGCGCUUCACUGUCGCAGGAGGUGGCUCUCCCCCAGCCCAAGCUCUUCUGCUUCCAGAAGUCCAGGUUUCUGAGUUGUCCAAUUUGUCCAUCUUCCUCACAUCUUUGGGGAGCUUCGUGAGCAUCCUUCUCCUGGGAAUCUUUGGGUACCUCGGCUUGAACAGGGCUGUAAGGCACCUGUGCCCACCCCUGCCCACACCUUGUGCCAGCACUGCCGUCGAGUUCUCUGGCAGCCAGGGGAAGGAGGUUUGGCAGUGGACCAGCCCAGCAGACUUCCCGGAGGAGGUGUCCCAGCAAGAGGCCCUGGUGGUGAACAUAUCCUGGGACAAAGGAGAGCGAGCUGACAUGGACACAGCUGGGCUUCUCAAGGAGAAGAUGGAGCUGCCUCUGGGUGCCCCUGAGCCAGCCCUGGACACGGAGCUGCCCUUGAAGGACAGGAAAUGGGUGAAGGGAUGCCCUGAGGCUGGGACUCUGGGGCCUGGCCGGCAGGACAGUCUGGAAGACAGCCCUGCCCAGGCAGCUGGACUCCCGCUGCUCCUGGGAGACCUAAGGCAGACCCCCAAAUUCUGUUCCCAGGGAGAAACAGAAACAUCUGCCUCCUCUUACAGAUAG